AUGAGGGGACGAGACUUGGUUGAAGACUUCGUCGAGUUUAUAGCUUCUCAAACGAUUUAUGGGAGAAGGGCUGAGUUUGACUCGAAGACUAAGAGAAUGGAGACUAGGGCUGAUUCUAGAAAAGGAGAAGGCCUUAAUAGAAACAUGCUAUGGAAUUUGGAGGAAAGACAAAUGAAGCAAUUGAAAUCUAAUCCCAUCGAUGAAAGGGAUUUCGACAGAAUCGAUCAACUACAAGCUCUCAAUGCUCUCCUCCUCAGAGAUGCAAGGGGUGAAGAGUUAGAAGAAGGCAUUUUUAAUGCAAAUGAGGUUCGAUUUGAAGGAGACCUGUCCUUUAAGUGUAAUGACUCACUAGCAGACCCUGAAGGAAUGGAAUGGGGAGCUCUUAGGAGAAGUCGAGGGUGGUUGAUUCCCUUAUUGGAAUUGGGGAGUUGUUGGGGAGUUGUUGAUGAGAAGGAGGUUGAAUUCAAUGCUACUAAUGCCCAGGUACAGUCUGACCAAGAGCUACUAUCUGGGAGGUGGCUUAAAUCUCUGGAUGGGUUUCUUGGGCUUAAAAAAUCAUCUAAAAUGGGGGAAUUCAUAAGAUGGGACUGGGAAAAUGGAAAAAUUAUGGGGAACAGAGAGGAGGGGGGUUGUUAG